AUGCAAAACUUAUACCACAUCCUGGAGAUUGAGUACACAGGGAGAGACUCGCAUAAAGCUCAUACGAAUGUCAACGUCCAAACACAGGUUGCAGAGCUGAAGAAGGCGAGCAAGCGGCUGAGCUGCCACAAGCGCUACAAGAUCCAGAAGAAGAUCAGAGAGCACCACCGGAAACUGCGAAAAGAGGCCAAGAAACGCGGACGCAAAAGGCCCAGGAAAGAUCCAGGGAUUCCCAGCGCUGCCCCGUUCAAGGAAGAGCUUCUGCGUGAAGCUGAGCAAAGAAAGCAGAGGCUCGAAGAACUAAAACAAAAACAGAAGCUUGACAGACGGAAGGAACUUGAGAAGAAGAGAAAACUCGAUGCUAAAAAGAAUGCAGCCAAAAUCAAAGAAAACACAGAGGGAAAGGAAUCUUCUAGGAAAUCUGGAGCAAAGAAAAACAAGCUGCUGGAUAAAAAUUCAUCAAAGUCAUUUUGCAGGGAGCUCGAGAAGGUGAUUGAGGCCUCAGACGUGAUUCUAGAGGUUUUGGAUGCAAGAGAUCCACUGGGCUGUCGAUGUCCUCAACUGGAACAAGCUGUUUGCUCUAGACAAGACAAAAAGCUGCUGUUGGUUCUGAACAAAAUUGAUUUAGUGCCAAAGGAGAACCUAGAGAAAUGGUUGAAUUAUCUGAAAAAUGAAUUUCCAACGGUUGCUUUUAAAUCAGCAACACUGCUCAAGGAUAAAAAUAUGCAGGAGAAGGUUACAAAAAGAAGUGCACGUAUUGAUUUAUCCAAAAACACUGAGUGUUUUGGAAGCGAGUGCCUUUUGAAACUUCUUCAGGAGCACUACAAGACUCAAAACAAAGCCAUUCAGGUUGGGGUAGUAGGUUUUCCUAACGUGGGGAAGAGCAGCAUAAUCAAUGGCCUUAAAGGAGCUCGUGCUUGCAACGUUGGCCCAGCAAGAGGUGUUACCAAGUCCAUGCAAGUUGUGCCUGUUGAUAAACAGAUGAAGAUUUUAGACAGUCCAAGUAUUGUAGCAGAUCCUUCCAACAGCACCUUGGCUUUGGCCCUGAGAAGCAUCAUAGACACUGAGGAAUCAGGCUUGGCAAACGUAUUUGAAGGAAUAGAUGCCCUCAUAAGCCACUGCAACAAACAGCAGGUAAUGAUGUUUUACAGCAUCCCCGACUUCAGGAGUACGGAGGAGUUUUUAACUCUACUUGCUCAGAAAAGGGGCAUGCUGAAGAAGGGAGGCGUUCCUGACACAGAGAGUAUUGCCAAGCUACUGCUUUGUGACUGGACGGGAGCUAAAAUAAGCUACCACUCACAACCUCCAGAACAGCAGAGACUACCUCCUUAUCUUACAGAAGAUAAAAUAGCAGAAAUGCAGAAGGCUUUUAAUUUAAAGAAGCUAGAAGAAGAAAACACCAUCACUGUUAAAGCUCUGAAGUACCCCAAUCUGGCGAGCAGCAUCAGUUUCCAGUCAGCAGGAGUGACAAAUGGGACAAUAGAGGAAAAUAAAGUGGUAGAGAAAGCAUCAGAGCAUAAGAACUUGGAAACAGAUGAGGAAGAUGAGGAGGAGGAGGAGGAUGAGGAAGAGAACUUCACUGAAAGUGAUGAUGAUCAAGACAAUAUGGAGGAAGAUGAACAGAGCAUCAAAGAGGGCAGUCAUUCCCCCACACUGCCCUUCAUCGUGGAUAAGACAGCAGAUGAGGAUGAUGCCUAUGACUUUAAUACGGACUACGUGUAA